UUGCUGCCUCGUCCCCUCCUUCGGGACUGUGUUCGUGGAGAGGAGAGAGAUGAGCAGGAACAGCAGCAAGCUGAACUCGGUGUUCUACGCCGCGUCGUACCACCCGAUCCAGGCCGGAAGCAUCGACGGCACCGACGUCCUCCCCCACGACAACGCCGUCUACCGGGCCCACCUCUGUUCCUCCGCCGGCCUCUAUGACCCGUUUGGCGAUCCCAAAGCCGUGGGUGACCCUUACUGCACCCUCUUCGUCGGGCGUCUCUCCCACUUCACCUCCGAGGACACUCUCCGCAAGGCUAUGAGCAAGUAUGGUCGCGUGAAAAACCUGCGCUUGGUUAGGCACAUUGUGACUGGUGCCUCAAGAGGUUAUGCUUUUGUCGAAUAUGAAACUGAAAGAGAAAUGAGACGGGCAUAUAAGGACGCUCACCAUUCUUUUAUUGAUGAUUCUGAGAUUAUAGUUGACUAUAAUAGACAGCAAUUAAUGCCAGGAUGGAUCCCAAGGAGGUUAGGAGGAGGCCUUGGCGGUAAGAAAGAGUCAGGACAGCUUCGGUUUGGAGGACGAGAAAGACCAUUUCGAGCUCCUCUUCGCCCAAUCCCAUUGGAUGACUUGAAGAGGCUGGGCAUCCCACCUCCCCCAGAGGGACGAUACAUGUCACGUUCUGAGGUUCCAUCACCCCCUAGAAGAGGACAGGGUUUGUUAGAUAAGGAAGAAGGAUCUCACAGAAGCUCUAGGAACAGAGAAGCGCAUACUCACAAAAAAAACUCCAAGGAGAGGGAAGAUCGCAUGCAUGGGAGGAGCCCUGAGGAUGUAUUAGAUCACUCUUACUAUAGAGGUUCUGAGGAAGAACAUCGCCAUGAUAGGAGGCGCCAUAAGGAUAAGGAGUUUUCCAAUAGGAAGAGCUCGAUGGAAUUGGAAGAGAAGUAUCAUUACAGAAGCUCUGUGGAGAAGGAAGAAGCUGUCAGAAGCUCUUUGGAUGGGGAAGAUCGCUCUCACAAACGGAGCUCCAUCGAUGAUGACGAACGUGUCAAGAAAAGGAGCAAAAGAAGUUCAUCGGAGAGAGAGGAUCAUAAAGAAAGAGACUUCUCUGAUAGGGAGGAGCGCCAUCACAAAAGCAGGUCUCGAGAUGAGAGAGAGCGCUCUUAUAAGCAUGACAAACAUCGUGAGAGAUCCCAUCAGCGUGAGGGGAAAAGAUCUAUCAGUCGGGAAUAUGCAUCCAAUUAUUGAUUUUUGGGAGGUUUGCAUUUGGUUUGAUUCCAGAGAAAGAUGCACAUAGGGAUUGCUUUUUGCUUGCCUUUUACAGAAUGUAAUUCACCAUCAUUAAUCUGUUCAUAAUGAAGUUUGAUUUGCUUUUUAAGUU